CAACAUAAUUAUGGGCAGCAGGAGCAGAAUUCUGUGCAGCCGCAGGCUCCGGUUCCAAUCCUGCCGGCAAAAAGCAUUGCUGAACAAUUCAGGGAUGAGGACGUGUUGUCACCCAAGCUCAUUCGCGAACUGCAGACGAAAAAGUUCCUACUUCCUCAGGACUACCUGGAGCGGGGUGAAAAAGCCUGUCGUGGGCGCAUGCUCGCUCAUGAGCAGAGACAAAAGAAACACUAUGAUAUAGAAAGAGCAAAAUUGGGCUACAACAAGAAUAAUUAUAUAUGCAGUGUGCCGCUUCACGGCUUCUAAAGACGCGUACGUGUUGCUUAGCAGCGCGAUUAGUAGCUAAGUACGGGUAACUUGUAUCCUGUCGUACAUGAUGAGUAGGAGUACAUGGGAGUACAUGGGGGCAGAAAAAUGACCUGGAAGGACCACAGCUUGACAAGGAAUUGCUGUUCCUUCGUGAGUAUAGUACUUAGAUGGUUCUUCUACUUCCACAUCGUAAAAACAUACUUGUUAUGUUGAACAACUUUUUAUGUUAUUCUUCUACUUUUACAACUUUUUAGCUUCUGUACGUCUAAGUUUCACAAGCACAGGCAUCGUCUCAGAAUGAAUUCGAGUGGCAGGAUCCCCAGAGGAUUCGAUUUCAAGAGGCCCUUUGGGUUGAUGAGGCUUGUCAUCAGGCGAGCAUUGACGAAAGGCUGAAUACUCUACGAGGUCGCGUUACGCAUUACGAUAAAUUAUGACUUCACGACAUUAAAAAAUGUAUAGUAAAUGUUGUAAAUCCACCAUUAGCUUGACGUUGCACAGGGCCCUGGCCUGCCUUCGAAGGUGAGACCUCUGCGGCUGACAGGGCCACGACUUCGCCGGCGCUUAGUUAGUAGCUGUAGAGAAUUACUUGCCUGGCCUUUCUUUUUUCGGUUUUUGUUUUUUCUAGUUAGGCCUGCUCCACCAACAUUAUAUUGACGGUACGAGUAACUCUAAAUGUAGUAAAUCCAUCAUUCAUGAGGAGCAGGGGCAUGAUCGAUAGUACUAAGAAUGUUUUAAGUUUGACUUUAAGGGAGGGGAAACGAGAAGCGCUUUGCGAAAGAGAGUCUAGAAUGCUGGAAGACAGAUCGAGUAGAAUCUAUGCUUCGUCUCGUUAAGAUGCGGGAGGUAAGAGGAUUUGAUAGGUGUGCGUCUAGUUCACGUUCAAGUACUGAGUUCUCCGCUUCAAAGCGUAUUUACUAGGGCGCAACCGCGCGCCGAUCUCUAAAGGUGGCUAGCAACAGCAUGAGGGUUCGCGUCACAGAUUACGUUUCCGAUGUGGAAAAACGUCUCAUGAAGCAUGUAUCACCUGCUUAUCGAUGUAUAUUUUACAUCGAUCUCCCUUUUGAUGUUAGCAGGAUAGUAAAUACAGCGAUGUCCAGUGUAGAUAUCGCAUGUCUUCAGUAUGUCUUCGAGUAAGUAGGCAAAAUUACUUCAACAUCAUGUAAAUGGUCUACGAUCAUAUCGAUAGCGCAUUUCGUCCUAUUCCUGUUGUAUUCAAGGAUAGUACUGAUUGAAGCUCUUCUACAGGUGGUGAGCGAGGCCGAGCGGGAAGCAGAAAAAGCAGCGGAAAAACCUGAAGGCAGUAUGUUUCGCGGAGGGGGAGAGCUUCGAGUUGGAGCUGAUAUUCUCUUACGGCUGGCUUUUAUAUCGAACUAUGUGUGUGUGUGUGGAGUAGUUGCACUCUCAGGUGCGUUUUUACAUUCAUGGGGGACUUCCCUUUUUCUUUCUCCCAAAAGAGCUUUCGCCUUUUGUUUCUUCCCUAGCAGCUUCUAACCAUGGGCCAGAUAGUAGCGCAGUCGAAGCUAAAGGAGAUGCGCAUCGUGGAGAAAAAGAAUUUCGUUGGAAAGGUCUCGUCCUCUGGUCACUCGCGUGCACAAGUAGCCAAAGAUUAUGGUGGUGUUUUCUGACACUGUCUCCCGUGUACUAUUUUUCAUGAACAAGCAAAAAAAUUGGUUCGUGCCUCCGUUCUCGUCCUCGUUCAUUAACUCCUUGUGAAUACCUCUUCCACUGUUGGAAAGGUCUCUUCCUCUGGCCACUGCAUAAUUAACUCCUUGUUGUGGUAGCCAAAGAUUAUGCACAACUUUGUAGUUUGACUAGCCUUCCUAAUCGUCUGUGCCACCUCAUGAAGCAAGUGGAUAUAAUGGGUCAUCGUGGACGAUCAUCUGGCUCAUCUACUUGAGCCACCCAGGAGUGUGGUUCAGUCACCCAUCUAAGACAAAGAGGGAAGCGGGGAUGUCGACAAGAUCUCGGCACGGAUUUGGAUGGCACCGCCCUCCUGGACCGAAGCGGUGAGGAAGCUCGAAAGUACAGCCAAAAAUGCACGAAGCCGUGAGAGUCGAAUGCGAAGAGCAGCGCAGAAGACACAUACAAUUGGCGAUCAAGAGUCAUCAGAAGAAACUAAGACGGGUACAAGGGUUAAGAAGUUGUCGUGAAAUGGAGAAGACCUCCAUCACAUGAUACUAGAGUUUACUGUCUAAUUAGAAUCUGAACCAUUUUCUUUAUGCUGCCUUCUCUCAGUUAGAAAAUUUGUAUCUUGUUAUUCUAAAAGCGAAGAGAUAAUUCGUUACGUUCUCUCAUUCAAAAAUCCAGGUACAGAAGCGCACUCGGGCGCGUUGCAUUGGAUGCGGGACAUGCAGACAUCGUUGACACUGAAUAUUCCUAGGAAUCUCACGCCGCGAGGCGCAGUAUUACUUGAUGCACAUCAACCGACGGAAAAUAUGGCUAGUUGGUAGUUAUUGCAAAAAUUGAUUCGAUCGAGUAAUAGGGCCAGGGGUGAUGAUAACGAGACCAUCCCCAGUGAUACGAGGCAGUUGAUAUACAUAUAAUUUCUCGUGGAAUUAUAUCUCAUGCAAUUAACAUUACGACCUCCUCUAGAAUAGAAGGCACAAUCAUCACCAUCAUACAAGUUUUUGCCCUACUACGUAGAAGUAGGCCCCAGAGAGAGUAGUUGAUGCAGUACCAGUACCCAGAGGACAUGUUGUAUUUCAUACUCGGCGAUCCGGUUACGCUGUGGCUUGAAGGCGUUGGUGAUUGUCACAUUUUGCAGGGCAGGAAGGACGUUCUGGUGGAUUUCUUCGCGCAGAGAGGGUCGUGGCGAAAAAAGCACGUAGCUAUUGGUUGCGCGCCUCGCUACUGGGACGUACCGCAAAACAUGGGGACUAGUGCGGCCACCAUUUCCUUCUUUGGAAAGCGGACCGAGAAUGAUAAAAGUGCUGAUGUGUUUGCGUCUGGUAGUAAGGGAGGUGGAGAGGUGGGUGAAGGAGGUUCUUAUGGCAGAGGUGAAAGUUUUCGGCUCUUGUAGUUGUAGCACCACACGCUAAGGUCGAAGGGAGACGUCAAAUGCAUAGAGACGCUGGAUUUUACGUGAAUUACGUCGUGAUUGCUAUUAUCUAGGGUCCUCUAUUUUAGUUUUGCUUCGUACGCGAAAGAACUCUGCUUCUCCGUUAAUCUUUGGCGAACAAGUCUGAAGACGAUACGGAGGACGACAAGGAUCUAGCCCAGUACGACGAAAUACAGGUUUCACGAAGAAUAGCACUCACGAAGGAGGAGACGGAAAGAGUCAUCUGCGAGGACCUGCGUUAUGGCUCGAUUUUGGACUAGCAUUUUAAUUAUGCAUCCAAAAACUCAUACAUACAUUGGAGAAGGCAUGACUGAGUAUGGGGUUAUGAGAAAAUCUAAAGCUCAACGCAUCUGAACCGAGAGCAGCUUGAUGUGGUACGCGGAAUACUAAGUGCAGAUUGCAGUUUCGGGAACCCGAUGCUCGUCUGGGGCCCACCGGGGACUGGCAAGAGUUUCACACUUCAAUGCGCCCUGUGGAAGGUCUUGGAUUAUGAAGAAAGAAUAUCUGUAUCGCAAGACUGUGUACCUCUAGACUGGGCACCCUACUACUACUAAUACUACUACUCAAAUUUCGAUAGCACUGUCGUCAGAAAUAUUGCGCUCUAGUUUUCACCGGGAAACACAUGUGUUGAAGAUCAUACUUACUAAUGUUCCCCCGUUUGCUUUUCUCUCUGACUGAAGUUUAUUUCCCCUCUUUGCCGUGAUUGUUGAUGUUGUACUUCGUCUUUGUGAUGUCCUUUGUUCAUGACGAGCAUUUGCCGGACGUGAAGGUUCUCGUUUGUGCACCCAGUAAUAAGGCAGCGGAUUUGCUUCUUGUUGGUCUGCAGAAGAAGAUCGGGCUACCAAAGUCGCAGCUGAUACGAGUGAACAGUCGUGGUCGGCAAUUCCACCUGGAGACGCACUUGCCAGAAGUACCGCAGCCGUUGCACCAAGAUUUCUGGACUGAGGACGAGCUCGCUAAGAAGGAGGAAUGCAAACGGCACAAGACCAUGCUGAAGUUAUGUUGACUUCCGGAAUAAAUGUCCCCCAUCUUCAAACAUGAUUCAUUGUAAUUGCUUCACCAUCCUACAACAAGACUGCUUAAUAAAUUUCCCAUCGAUCUUCAGAAGCAGCAUCUUGGACCACCUCUGUGUAAGGGGAAAACGGGCCCAAGAUUUGACUUUUGAAAUGGGAGAUUCCCGGGGGAAGGUCUAAUGAAGUAUAGCACUUGCGACACGGAUGACGUUAAAGCGAGUCACAGAAUCGUUGUCACGACCGCGACGGCGGCAGCGAAUUUGCCCUCAUUUCUGGAUCUUAUGCUCUCAUAAUCAAAGUGGUCACUCAUCGACUCUCUUAGUGCGAACAAAGUCGAACAAGCAAUUCCAGUUUGAAUUAGGGGAUGUGCUGAGAACAAUCUGCUGUUUUAUUAGCUUUUUAUCCCUCGUCGAUCGUGCAUGCACAGCAUCAGGCUGUAUGGACAACAUGUUGUGGUCAGUAGCCUCCUCCUAAUAAUAUCCUAUCCUAUGUAUCCUACCUUAACACCUCCAGUAUAGGUACAAUCCUACCUCCUCAAUAAUAUCCUAUCCUGCUCCUAAUAAUAUCCUAGCCUAUCCUACCGAUCCUCUCUCCUUCGCAGCCACACCAGCUUCAUUUUCCCACCGGCGGUGAAGGCAAUGAAGCCAGUGGUUUUCGUUCCUGACCUAGUCAUCGUUGAUGAAGCCGGUCAAUGUACAGAGCCUGAUGCCUACAUGCCACUCUCAUUGAACCCCCGUCGUGCCCGCGUCGUCCUCUGCGGCGAUCACAAGCAAUUGCGACCAACCGUACAUAUAAAUAUGUAAUUGUUGGUUUCUUGCUUAUGUUUUUUCUGAGUGAACCCUUCUCCCCCGAACACACAUGUCUAUGAAAAUGCAGAAUGUUAAGGCUGAAAUAACUUGUAAAUACUUCUAGAUUAAGUGCUACCGUACAGACAUCAGCUGUACAUUGUGUAGCACAACGUGUUCAUACUUAAAGUAAUUGCUAACCUAACAUUGCCUGUAUUUCUCGGCUCUUAUCUCUUGCUUACCAGUUGUUGGAAAUAAAUCGGAUUGACCUAUCCCGCCUAGCACUUAAACUUUAAGUGCAUUAAGUUAAGAAUUCGUCAGGGAAAUCUUAGGCAGAUAGCCGAGUAGAUUCGUAUCAUCAAGUUAAGCUUAUAAUCCUAUGUAUACUGUGAAUCUUACAAUACUAUGUAUCAAAAUAUAAAUAACCGUUUCGUUUUCCCUCUAUCCUUGGGCUUAAAUCCCUUCAAACACAACUAUGCAUCAAAAUAUAAAUAGGUUCCAUCUUCCGAAGCUACGGGUCUGAGGUUGAACACGUCAAUGUUGGAGCGACUAGCAUCGGAUAGAAUCAACCGCGAAAGUACCUGGAAGCAUGCGAAAAAAUCAGGGAUGCAGUAUACUAGGUUAUGGAAAAAGGAGGAGGAUGUCCAUGUCGUUGCUAGUUUCACGACUAAGCUGGAGUAGAAUCCUCUGUGUAUGCCGCCUUUUGGCCGUCUGUAGGUCUGUGGAUAGCCGUCUAUCCUUCUCCUAAUAAUAAUGACCCGUAAAAUUAACUAGACCUUCGCAUUGUGCUGGGAUAGAAUCACCUGCGUGAGAACUAAAGGCAGGCUUUUCUAACAUGAACCGGCUUAAACGAGAAAAUUUACUUUCUGACGAAGACGUUUCGAUCGCAUCCGGAACUCACCACAUUGUGGAAUGUGUUUUAUUAUGCAUGGAGAGCCUUAGAAUUUCCAAACACAUCCCGGAGAUACAUACAAAAAUUUGUGAGCAACUACUGGUGGACAUAAUUUUCAAACCCAUCAUCCAUGGAGAUUAUACCUCGAUAAGUACUUGAGGGUAGGUUAAAUGUGCUUUUGUUACCGUUUGUUAUGGCUCUCCUAAGGGGGACGGCCACAACAAACGGGAUAAACGAACACCAAAAACCUCCUACCUCUAAAGUACUGCCACUCACUUCUCAUCUAAUGCUCUUCGAACACGCUUGUCCCUGUGAGCGACCGGGCGAACACAGUGCUGAGAUUUCCGCGAACCGGCAGCCCAGCUCUGUUUCACGACCUCUCAAACGAAUCAGCGCACGCUGAGGAGAUGUACAAACAGAGUUACAUCAACCAGCUUGAGGCUCACUUGGUGUGCAAAUACAGUAGGGCAAAAGUCUAAAUACGUAGGUGUGAAGUAGUUCUAAAGAAAAUUAACGGGUUAUAAUUUUCCUUCGACUUCUUUAAUCCACCCUUCAGCUUCAAGCAAGUGAAGUAGUUCUAAGGGCCACUAAAUACUUGGCAUCAUGCAAAAUAUUAGAUGUUGAAGUCUUAUGUAAAAGCUACAGUGUUCAUCUUCUUCCUACACGAGUUGGCGGACAAGAUGAAGACGAGAGACGUCGGCGUUAUCACGUUUUACGAUGCGCAGGUGAAGCUAAUACAGCAAAAAUUGAAUGAACAUUCUGAAACCGGCGAGACUUAUCUUGGUGACGUUGAGGUGGGAACGGCCGAAUACUUCCAGGGUUCCGAGAAACGAGUAAUUAUCAUUUCGUGCGUGCGCUCGUCAUCGAUCGGGUUCCUGAAUUAUGUUGGUAGAUUUUAAUUUAUACGUAGUGGAAUAUAUAUAGACGUUUAGACUUAGAUGAUUCUUUUCAUUUUUUUUGUUUCCUAGAUAGGCGUGCUCCACCGAUUUUAUAAGUAGUGGAAUGAUCGACUUUCGUCUGUUUUUAACUAUGCAUGCCACUCGGAUGAAAUUAGCGAACUAGUGCUCUUGAAUAGAAGAGGAUAGAGAACGAAUGUGGAUUUACUCGUGCAACUUUGAAGAUUGACUUAAUAGUGUGCUUUUCCUAUAUUUGGUUUCACUCCAUCUACAACCCGAGCCACGAUGCUAGAAGCAAGUAGAACUGAAUAUAAUCUAUAUAUGAGCUGCUGUCAGCUUCUUCUUUUUCCUAGAAGUUGCGCCUACGUAUAGUACCUUCAUGAUGUUGACGAGAAGCGAUUGAACGUGGCACUCUCCAGGGCACAGGAUGGCAUGAUUGUUCUUGGUGCUUUUGCCGGUCUGCUUGUGCAGGAUAACUGGUGGAAAAAAGUGGUCGAUACUGCGCAGAUGAUGGGCUGCCUUUAUCAACCUAGUGGACACGAGGAAGACGAAGGCUAUCAUCUGGAAGAGGAGUCUGGGCACCCCUUUUUAGAGGACGACGAGGGUGAAGACCUCGUUACAGGUGGAGAUGAGCAACAACGUGCAUAAUAUGGCGAUAGAGCGUGGUAGCAAGGUUUGUAUCAUGCACAGCAUUAGCAACGUUUGUGUGCUAGUACUGCAACUACUCGCCUGACGCGAUGAUCCGGAAGGCACGACAAGGGGUCCUCGAGUGACGUUCAGAAGGCACGACACACGGAGAAGGAUGCCCCUAGCGUCUAGUUGAUGUUGAAAGUGGAAACGUUGAGAUCUCU